GGGAGUUCUCGCGAUAUGUUCUUCCAUUUGGGUCCCAUUUGGUGGGACUAUUAGCUUCUAGGAGAGCGUCACGUUUUGACAUUUGCUAAACGUUAAGCAGCUUAUAAUCGUUUAUUCUACGUUGAUUUGGACAUUACCAACAAGAAGCACAAUAACAUUAUAGGUCAUCAUUACCAACACAACAUAGGAACAUCUCAUGGCUCACAGACAAAGACAGAGAUACCUCAAGGUGUGUGAGGUCCAGCCGACCCACGGUGAUGAAGACAGUAAUGAGGACAGCUCUGAGAAGCACAGGAACGGCUUCGAUGAGCACCAGAUGAUGGAAGACGACUCGAACGGCCGAACCAACCUGAUCGUGAACUAUCUGCCCCAGAGCAUGUCCCAGGAGGAGCUGUGCAGCCUCUUCAGCAGUGUGGGCGAGGUGCAGACUGCCAAGCUCAUCCGGGACAAAGUGGGAGGCAACAGUUUAGGUUACGGCUUUGUUAACUUUGUUAACCCUAAUGAUGCAGAGAGGGCUAUCAAUACCCUCAAUGGCCUGAGGCUACAGUCUAAAACUAUCAAGGUUUCUUAUGCCCGGCCAAGUUCUGACCUGAUUAAAGACGCUAAUCUUUACAUUAGCGGACUUCCCAGGACAAUGGGUCAGCAGGAGCUGGAGGACCUGUUCUCUCGCUUUGGCCGCAUCAUUACCUCCAGAGUCCUGGUGGACCAAGCAUCUGGUCAUUCUCGUGGUGUUGCCUUCAUCCGUUUUGACAAAAGGUCAGAGGCAGAAGAUGCCAUCGAGAGCCUCAAUGGCCAAACUCCACCUGGCAUCUCUGAGCCAAUCACCGUGAAGUUUGCUGCCGCUCCAAAUCAAGCAAAGAAUCAAAUGGGCUCCCAGUCUUACCAGUCACGGCGGUUUGGAGGAGCUGUCCAUCACCAGUCCCAGCGCUUCAGAUACUCUCCUAUUAAUGUCGGCCAUGGAGGCGGAGCAGAGGGUUCAAACGGCUGGUGCAUUUUCAUCUAUAACCUGACCCAAGACACAGAUGAGUCCAUGCUGUGGCAGAUGUUUGGGCCCUUUGGAGCCGUGGCCAAUGUGAAGGUCAUCCGCGACUUCAAAACAAACAAGUGCAAAGGCUUCGGUUUCGUCACAAUGACCAACUAUGAAGAUGCUGCCAUGGCCAUCCACAACCUGAACGGAUACCGGCUCGGAGACAAAGUCCUCCAGGUGUCCUUCAAGACCAGUAAGGGGUACAACUAGACGCUAGUCCUGCUCCUGUACCAGUUCUUGUGCUGUUUUGGAUGUUGUUGGUUCUCUAUUUUUCGGCUGCAUUUUUGUUUUACAGUUUUAUUUUCUUAGGGCAGGCUCUGUCAGUUUGAAAGAUGGUAAUGUUGCAUUGUGCAGUUUGAAUGUUUGAGGAUGAUCUGUGAGACGUUCAGUAAAGUGUAGCCUCCACAGCUAGUCCAUUUAAAUGUUAUGUACAUGAUGUAUUCAUUUGUACCUUUUGUUGUUUGGCACUUUGUUCUUGUAUUCAAGUUACAAACAUGUCUUGGACAAA